GAUGGCAUUGGCAAGUAUCCACAAGUUUACUACGGGACACCAGUCUUGGCUUUAGCAGCGUUACCCAGCUAGUGACGUCACUGGAGGAAGCAGAUACACAGUGCAGCUGUGACCUGGUGAUUACAAACGGAUGAUCGUCUGUCUAUACAAUUGUUACCAAGUAGGAGCUGGAAAGAAAAUGAAAGAAGUAAAUGACAUAUCAAGUGAUUUGGAGGAUGAUGCAGUGAGUGAACAGAACGAUAAUGAGCAGGAUGAGGUGAACAAGAUGGAGGAAGGUGACGUUCCUGCAGAGAAUUCUCUAGAGAAAAGUGAUGUGGACCAUGAGGAGGAAACAGAGGAGAUGAAUGGAGCUCCAGAUAAAAAAAUAAAGAAGGUUAUCCCUGGAAUCAUAUACUUGGGUCAUAUUCCACCUCGGUUCCGACCACGUCAUGUCCGUAACAUGCUGAGUAUGCAUGGGGAGGUGGGACGCAUCUUUCUGCAGGCUGAGGAGCGAUUUGUGCGUAAAAAGAAGAAGAAAGCUGGCAGUAAUGCGCGUGACUUCACAGAAGGCUGGGUUGAAUUUCGAGACAAACGUGUGGCCAAAUUGAUAGCUGCCAGUCUGAAUAACACACCCAUGGGCACACGCAAAAAGAACCGUUUCCACGAUGAUCUCUGGAGUAUGAAGUACCUACAUCGUUUCAGAUGGUCUCAUUUGAGUGAGCAGCUGGCGAUAGAGAGACAAGUUCGUAAGCAGCGCAUGAGAGCAGAGGUCUCCCAGGCAAAGAGAGAGACAAACUUUUACCUUCAGAACGUGGAGCGUAGCAAACAGUUCUCCAAAGCAGACCGUAAGAGGGCAGCAGAACCAGAUAAGGAGGGUGGUCCCAAUAAACAGUGGCACUUCACCCAGCGCAAGACCGAGGAAGAGAUUCAGAGCUUAAAGGCUGGAGGUGGACCAAGCGAUGGUCGGCGAGUAGAGAAACGGUUGCAGCAAGUUAAGCAAGCACAGGAAAAAUCCCAGACCAGCCGAUCAUUGCUGCAUAAAAUAUUUAACCCGUCACAAUCAAAGGGUGGAGACUGAGGCUGAUACAAAUAGUUAUGUGAACUUUUUUAGCACUCCAUUAGAUGUGUGCUACAGGGUUGGUGCAGAAAUGUUGGUCAUUGGACAUGGUCUACUUAGCUUGAACAUACAAUCUUAAAGGACCACUCAGUAGAAUUGCAUAAUUUACAAGUGCAUAAUAAAAUGACAAUGAUUUCACACCUACUCUGAAUUUCAAAUAAUCAAGAAAUAUAUAUAUUUUUGUUUUUUCUGACAAAUUUUAUUUUUUCUUUCAUUUUUCUACCCCCUGUAUCAUGUGACAGCCAGCCAAUCACAGACUUAUAUAUGUAUACCCAGUGAGCUUGUACACAUGCUCAGUAGGAUCUUGUUCCCCAGAAAGUGUGCAUAUAAAAAGACUGUAAAAUUUGAUAAUGGAAGUAAAUUGGAAAAUGUCUUAAAACUGCUGCUCUAUCUGAAUCCUAAAAGUUUACUUUGACUUGAGUGUCCCUUUAACAUCAGACUCAUGGAAGAGAUCAGGAAAACAGUGGAACUUCUUAUAGGAAGUAAUUUAAAUAAAUGGUAUUGUACCAAUCUUAA